GGCGGCGGCGGCGACGUGAGCGCGCAGGGGGGCGGCGGCCUCGCUUCGUCUCUCUCUCUGCGCCUGGGUCCGGUGGGUGACGCCAAGCGCGAAGAGAGAUGUCGGAUUUCGACAGUAACCCGUUUGCGGACCCGGAUCUCAACAACCCUUUCAAGGACCCAUCAGUUACACAAGUGACAAGAAAUGUUCCACCAGGACUUGAUGAAUAUAAUCCAUUCUCGGAUUCUAGAACACCUCCACCAGGCACUGUGAAAAUGCCUAAUGUACCUAGUACACAACCAGCAAUAAUGAAACCAACAGAGGAACAUCCAGCCUAUACACAGAUUGCAAAGGAACAUGCCUUGGCCCAAGCUGAACUUCUUAAGCGCCAAGAAGAACUAGAAAGAAAAGCAGCAGAAUUAGAUCGUCGAGAACGAGAAAUGCAAAAUCUCAGUCAACAUGGCAGAAAAAAUAAUUGGCCACCUCUUCCUGGCAAUUUUCCUGUGGGACCUUGUUUUUAUCAGGAUUUUUCUGUAGACAUUCCUGUAGAAUUCCAGAAGACAGUAAAGAUUAUGUACUACUUAUGGAUGUUCCACGCUGUAACACUGUUUCUAAAUAUCUUCGGAUGCUUGGCUUGGUUUUGUGUUGAUCCUACAAGAGGGGUUGAUUUUGGAUUGAGUAUCCUGUGGUUCUUGCUUUUUACUCCUUGUUCAUUUGUCUGUUGGUACAGACCACUUUACGGAGCUUUCAGGAGUGACAGUUCAUUCAGAUUCUUUGUAUUCUUCUUCGUCUAUAUUUGUCAGUUUGCUGUUCAUGUACUCCAAGCUGCAGGAUUUCAUAAUUGGGGUAACUGUGGUUGGAUUUCAUCCCUUACUGGUCUCAACCAAAGUAUUCCUGUUGGAAUUAUGAUGAUCAUCAUAGCAGCACUUUUCACAGCAUCAGCGGUCAUCUCGCUAGUUAUGUUUAAAAAGGUACAUGGACUAUACCGCACAACAGGUGCUAGUUUUGAGAAGGCCCAACAAGAAUUUGCAACAGGUGUGAUGUCCAACAAAACUGUCCAGACUGCAGCUGCAAAUGCAGCUUCAAGUGCAGCAACUAGUGCGGCUCAGAAUGCUUUCAAGGGUAACCAGAUAUAGCGAACCCUCCAACAAUACACUGGUACCUUCUGACUGUACUUUUUCUCCAGUUACUGUAUUCUAUAAAUAUUUUUAUGUUCAAAACACAGUACACCCAGCAUGUAUAUUUCCUGUUCACUUGUGCAUGGGCUAAAACCAGAACACUUCCUUACCUUAUUUACCUAGCAAUUUCUUAAUAUUUUGGUGCCCCUUGCAGAAAAAAAAAAAUCACAUGCUAAAUAAAUAUUCUCCAUAUUUUUUGGGGGAUGAAUGUUCAGCAAAUUAUUUCAGUGGUGACACACUGAAAUUAAUAUGGUACUUAUGAUUAAAAAUGCAUUUAGUACUAGCUGCAGUCAUUCUUUCAAAAAUCUUAGGCUUAAGGAUUACAUAUUGGAGCAUUAAAGCAAUGCUUCAUUCCAUUUUCCCCAUUUAUAUUCAAAGAAAUAGGCCAUCAGGGACUUAGGGAUUUUAAAAUUGGCUUGCUUUUUAGCAGUUUUAGUUACCAGUGAAGAGCCUGUGUGCAUUUCGUAGUAGAUAAUGUAAAUUUUAUCUUUUUCUUUUUGUUUUAUUUUUAUAGAGUAGUUGAUAUUUUCAUACCAAUCUCUGAUCUUGCAUGGACACCACAUUUCUUAAAAGAAUUAGUAUUUUGGCUUUUGCACUGCUUUUGGUUAUAGGAUUACAGAGUUGGUGGUAGAAUCAAAGAAGAGAUUUUCUGCAAUAGUUUCUUUUAAAUAAAAAUUUAUUGGGAUGCAAUAUGAGAACAUAAUAUGCAGUGCAUUAUCCAAAAGAGGGUAGGUAAUCAAUGGAAUAGAAUGUAGUGAUGAUAAUACCGUUGUUUUUUUUGUUUUGUUUUUUUAAUUUUCAGUAUUCGUAUCAUAGUAGAAUAUUACUGUAUGGAAACUUUGGUAUAUUCUUGUGGCUACUCAUUUUAAUUGAACUGAAAUUGUGUUUGGCAGCUUUUUUUGGGGGAGUGUGUGUGUGUAAUUUUUAACAGAGGUAUUAAAGACUAGACUAAUUCCUUGUCCAGAAAGAAUAUACAGUAUUUCAGGGAUUUUUCUUUUAGCUUCUCAUCUGUAGUGGGAUUAAAAAGAAAAAGAUGCUUUUGUUUCACAUGUACUUGAAUCCCUAAUGCACCUCAGUCUUUGAACUUUUAACACAGACUGAAUACAUUGAAGUUUUUCAGCAAUAGAAAAAAUAAAACAUAUAACUUGAACCAAGCAAGAAAAUACAGCUACAGUUAAAUGCAUUAAUUAUGACUGUGACCAUGUUGAAAUUGUUACUAUGCAGCCUAGGAGUUCAUUCUUAGAGUAUACUUGGUUUGAAACUUUGAAUCAUAUUUAAUACUGAUUAAAUGACGCAAAGACCUUUGAAAGUCAUUAUACUGUGUUUUGGAAGUCCUUAGCUAAUUUAAGAUUGCAGAAUAAUCAGUAGUGAUUUAUUCAACUUGAUAUUAAGUAAGGAUGGUCUAUUGGGUUAAAUUAUUUGAGACUGCAAAUAAUUUUUUUUUUUAAAUAAGAAUCAGAUGGGUAUAAAUGGUUAAAUCACUUGCAUUCUUUUCCCCAAAUCUGGAGGUAAAUGAAUUUUCAUACUGAGGGUGGGAUGAUGAAUUCUCACUAUUUAUAAGGGAAGCUUUGCGUGAUAGAGGUAACAUGGAUCCAUCUAGAUGGUGUUUACAUUUUAUUUAUUUGGGAUUUAUUCAAGUAAUAUGCUUGGAAGAUAUUUCUGUUAUUCUGAUUAAAAUAGGAUUCAGAAAAUGAAUUUAAAGUUGUUUUUAUGAAUGUUUCUGAUUACUAAUAAUAUCCCUACUUUGUCAAACAAAUAAGCCAGUUCAAGUUCUUCAGAUUCUGUAAUAUUACUGAAAAUCUAUUUUAUCACAGUGUGCUUUACUGAGUGUGUAUUUUACAGACAUCCAAAACAUUAACCACAAAAUACAACAGGAGCUCUUAUGCUCGUCAUUAAUUUACAUCUCAAGUCCAUUUCUUUUUUUCUUUUAACUACAAAUGAAUAUAGAGACUUGAAAAAUACUGACAUACUUUCCUUCAAGAAUAGGAAUUAUCUCUCUUUUGUAGAAAUCCCCAAAGGUAGCAUUGUUAAAUACCAUGUAACUAAAACUAACAGUACCUUUUUUGUGUGUGGAUGGGGAGAAUGUUCAAGAUCCAGUUAUUUGGGUUAAUAGAAGCUUAUGAGAGAAAAUUGUUUUCUAAAAACAUAAAUGUGGAUUAAAAUGAUGGCAAUACUAACAGUUUGGUAAGGCAUAGGGGCUUUAAAUUCUUAUUUUCUCUAUUCUCCUAACAAUAGUUGGUAAAUGGUCACAUUUUCCAGCAAAAGAUUGGCAUUUGUUAAUGUUUUAUAUUUAAUACUAAUGUGACCCACCCGGUAUCACAGUCAUGAAAUGGUUUUCCUGUUGUAAGCAUCCAUGUCAUUUUUCAGUUUGCAAUAUUAAUUUGUGGCUAUUUUACUUCAAACUAAAAUUUGAACACUGGAAAAUCAUUGCUCAGUGAUUUGUAAUUUGGGACUUGGAUUAUUUAUCUAGGGGUGUUUGUAUAUUUUGUCAAUGAGUAAUAUUGCGCUGCCAUCAUGAUGAGUGUCAUGGUUCUAUAUAAAUGCCCUCCAUCUGUCCCUCUAAUGUUGCAUGUUUUCAGUGGUUUGGAAGUUUUGUAUAUUUAUUGUAUUAACACAGAGUGUCAUAAAAUAAAAUGCUGUUUACUGGAUGUUAGUUUGUCUAAUUUUAAACACUAUAUUAGCAUUUCAGAGGUAGAGAUUAUGCUGUCAGUUUAAUGUAUAUAGACAUUUCACAUUUGAUUUUUAAGAAAUCUCUGUAUAAUUCUAACAUGUGCUGAAAAAAUAAAUAACAAAAGACUUCGUUAAAAACUCUCAGUAACAUAAAAUGACAAUUUUUCUGUUGCAUUAGAACUGUUAGGUGGUGGAACAUGAACUUCACUCACAUUUUGAUCACUUUAAGGUCAAAAUACACAUACUAUCUAGAAGUUAGUGAGAUUCAAAAUGGAAGCCCUGCUUUGUGGCUCAGGUUUUUCCUUGUGGGUUAAAAUGGAUGCUUCUGUACUGGUAUUGUAUUGAUUAGAUUGAACUUGUGUUCUGUUUCCUAACCUACCUACCUUUGUUUUGUGUGCUGAUGAAAGUAUCUGUUUGUGUAUUGUUGGAUUUUUCACUUGGUAAUCUAAGGAGGAUGUAAAAAUCUAAAAUGUUCAUGGUGAAUCUUACUCUGAGAAAUACAUGUUAAAAUAGGAACAGCAUUUUUAAUAUUCUGGGUAUUACCUAAAAAGUGAGUUUGGAUUUUUCAUUGGAUAUGUUGUCUUCUGUAAAUCAUGUUGAGAUAAUAUAUGGUUCACGUUUUAGAGGAGAUUUAUGUUAAAUUGAGUGUAUUUUCUGUAAUUUAUUUGUACUAGGAUAAUGCUUUUACAGUUACUGCUAUAUCUUUUUCUGAAAAUGCUGACAUAAUAACAUUUAAUUUUAUAUCUUUAUUGUUAAAAAUCUGUUUAGACUGUUUAUAUAUAGAGUUUGUUACAGUUUUGCACAUAUUCUCCCCUGUUAGAAUUACCACGGCUGUCAGACACCAUUGCAAUGUAUCUCCUUCCGUUUUUCCUGUAAGGAAUAUGUUGAGAGGGGUUUUUUGAUUCCAUGUAAUUAAAAACUUUUCAAGUUAAAUAAAAGUGGUUAAUGUAAAAAUAA